UUUCUCUAAACAUAGCUUUAAAAAUUAACGAAAUAGUUUAACAUUUCAUGAAGUAACACUACUUUUUAUGCUAAUCAGCUUCUGAUCAACUUCAAUAAAACGCAUCAGUGUUUCUGCCAGACUCUGACUCCUAGUAUUUUAGAUGUACUUUAAAGCCAUAUGUUUACAUUUUUAUUUGUAAACAUUAGAGUAAAUCAGGCUUGUAUUUUCAGUUAUGUGAGGUUUUGUUCCGGACGCGGCGUCCGUCAAAAAGAGACUUGGCGCCUAUCUUUAGUGAAGCGCGCGGCGACGCUUCUGAAACGUGCCGCGCUGCAGCUGGUGUAAACAUCAAUGUUAACAUAACUGGUGCCGCAUCAAUAAUAUCGGACUCGCGCAUACAGAACAUUCCCAGCUCUUCCCCAAACUAACAUUUAAGGCGGCCCAGUUAACGGAACGAUUGCGCAGGCGCAAUACGGGAUUUCGGCGAUGGGCGCGGUCCAGAAAUCUCAAAGACUCAAAACACGUCCAAGUAGACAGCGAGACGCUUCUUCAACACAGACACAAUCGUCCUUAUUUAACUCAACUUCACAACAACAUGAAGAACGCGUUUUCUAUGUUUGUGUGUUUCUUCGUCAUAGAGGGUGUGUUUGAUGUUGAUCCAGAUGAAGUGAAGACGGUGAUCGAGGGAGAAUCUCUUACUCUACAGACUGAUUUUAUUGAAACGCAGAAAGAUGGUCUAACAGAGUGGAAAGUUAAUGAUAAUAGCAUAGCAACAAUCAACAGAGCAACUGGAAAAGUUGAAUAUAGUGAUGUGAAGUUGAUGAUGAUGUUUAGUGGCAGAAUUAAUCUGGAUCAAACUGGAUUUCUCACCAUCUGGAAUAUCAGAAUCAAACACUCUGGAGAAUAUAAAGUAGAGAGUAUCAGCAGUGUAGGGACCAAAUCCAAGACAUUCAAAGUUAUUGUGAAAGAAUCUCCACUCAAGUCUGUUGAAAAUAAAGAUGAAAUAAAGGCAUUGUUAGCCACAAAGGGAAACUCUGAGACCCUACACACUGAUACUGACCUACAGAAACAUGAUCUGAUACUUUGGAGAUUUGGAGCUGAAGGAUAUCUCAUCGCUAAAGGUGAUACAGAUAACAAUCGGACCUCAUACUAUGAUGGUGACGAUGGGAGAUUCAGAGACAGACUGAAGAUGGACAGCAGGACUGGAUCUCUGACCAUCAGUGACAUUGAAACUGAACAUGCUGGAGAAUUUAGACUAAAGAUCAUCAGUGACAGAAGGAUUUUAUUCAAAAGAUUCACUGUUACUGUCUCUGUACCAGGUAUUUCUCCAGGCGCUGUAGCAGGGAUAUGUGUUGUUCUGCUGCUGGUGGCUGCCGCUGCAGCUGCUGGUGUUGGGAUUUAUUGUCGACCCAGUGAUUCUGAAGACAAAAAACGUAUAUCGAAGUUCUCUAAACAACUAGAGCAACUGCCGAAGAUCUCCAAACAACUAGAGCAAUUGUCGAAGCUCUCUAAACAAUUGUCCGAGAUCAAUGAAAAAGAACUGGCGGAGGGCUGUGAAAAAGAAAAAACAAAGAUCUCUGAAAAACUAAAGAAAAUGUCCGGGGACUGUAAAAAAGAAAUGUCGGAGAUCUCUAAACAACUAGAGCAACUGCAUGAAGAGAAGAUCUCAGAACGACUGUCCGAGAUCGCUGAAAAAGUAAAGAAAAUGUGUGAAGACAAGAAACCUGAACAACCAGAGCAGCUGCCUUUGAUGGGUGAAGCAGAAACCUCUGAACAAGAAACACCCUUGACAAAUGAAAUGGAGAUCUCUGAACAAGAAAUAUGUGCUGAUGUCACAAAGAUGGAGAAGGGUGAAGGGGAACGGUGCAUUUAUGUUGCAGAGACUGCCAUAAGUCGAGUGAUCGGUGCUGAUCGGGCUGUCAUAGACAGACAGGGCAGGAGGAGCCUUGUGAUCCGUAACCCCAGUACUAAACGUGCUGGAGGUCACACACAUGGAUCAGAUGGAAAAGACCCUCAAAAUGAUCUGAAAGGGCUGAAAGAAGAAUCAUCAGGAAAAGAAACAUCUUCUAUCAGCCAAAUAGACAAGGAUGGAGAGAAUGAACAGUAGAAGAGAUAAGACACGCCCACCAGUGUCAAUCACUGUGACAUCAUCAGCAUUUCAGCUCAGUCUUUUAGAAGCUCAAAUCAUCCAGUGAAAGUGAGAAAUGAAUCAGUGUGUUUGAGCUCUUAAUGUCUUGUGUGAAAAGCUUCUUUGGGUUCAGAUGAACAGGGAAAUGUGUUGAUGGAAACACUGCAUGUAUAAUUUUAUUAAUGUUUCACUACAUACCUCACCUUUAAAGUGUUACUCUUAACAUAAUACUAAUUUGACUCUCACAGCUUUGAUUUUGAUUGUCAGAAAUAUUACUUAUUUUUAAAGAAGUGUUUUACCGCAGCAGUAUCUCUCUAUGUGCUGUUUUACAUCAUUAACACUAGUGCAAGGAGGUGUUUUUUCUGGUCAAGUAAAAACAAGUAGCAAUAGAACAGGGAAAAAAAAAAAAAAAAUGAGGCUUAAAUUUAUUUUUGGGUGCCAUUCACUUCCAUAGUAUAAUUUUUUUCCUACACUGAAAGCCAAUGGGUCUCAUUUACUAAUAUAAUUGCGUAGUUUAUUUCAUAUCUGAACUUCUCAUGAAAAAUCUCAGCCUAGUUCACCACACGUGUGUACGCACAUGAAUCUGUUCUGAACCUCGUUCUUAUUUUAGUGAAUUUGGAGAGUUCUAGAUGAGCGGUCGCAUGCACGAGGUUAGUCAUUUGCAUAAAACACGUCCAUAUAAGGGCUUUCCGCGCACGCUUUCCUUACAGCCUUUCGUCACCCAUGUCAAACUUGCCACUGUUUGCGACACGCUCUCUCCUGAUCCUCGAGCAAUGAGUGAUCAGUUCUCACAAUAAACCGCUUUCAUACCGACCCAGAUUACAGAGCUGUCAUUAGACAUUAUCUGUGUUAUUCAGAGAAUAAGAUAUAACGAAGCUUUUCUUACUCUUUAACUGUAUAUAAUGUAUUUCAGAUUGAAUGAAAUUGUAUUAUUUAAUAAUUUUAUUAUAUUAUUUUAUAUAUAGAUUGUAUAAUACAAUUAAUGCAACGCACUUCAAUAUAAUUAUAGUCGUGUUAGGAUGAAAUAUAACGUCUUAACACGAUUAUAAGACUGUACAGAGAAAGUGUUUUUUGUGUAUGUGUGGUUUCAGUUGUUAAAAUCGUUCGUACGCACAUUUCACGCACACAUUUGUACGUACAUGUGAAUGAGACCCAAUGUCUGCUCUCACUGUCUGGUUACCAACAUUCUUCAAAAGAUCCUUUUUUGUGUUCGGAAGAAAGAAACUCACACAGGUUUGGAACAACAUAAACUUAAUCUUAACUUAAGAACUCAUUGGGGUUGUUCAACUAUACAUUGAUUUCUUCUGCUAUAGAAAAUUUCCAUGUAUAAUAAACUUUUUACCAAAGCCUCAGAUGUCUAAAGGGGUCAAACUAAUCUGACACUGUUUUUUUUUUUUUUUUUUUUUUGAUAAAA